UCUAAAUUGCAGAGUACAUUUUUGGAUCAACUUCUAUGACCAGAUCCAAGCAUCUCAAAUCCUAAACUAAAACCCACAUAGAAAGAUCAGAGAAACCCACCCGCCAUAUCCUAUAUCAGCUAUUAAAAACUCCCAAAGAUGUGGCCUAUAUAUCUUCUCUUCAACAAGUUUUCGGGAGCAAAAGAGGAAAAUGUUCAAAGAUCAGGCAGGAGCAAUUUGAGGUUGAUUCGGCCCUUGCCUUUUAUUCAGUCUCCAACCCGUAGGCUUUUGUCCCGGUCAGUUUCUAUCCAAGUCCAACACAUCAACCAACUACAUUCUUGGGAUUGUGGCCUUGCUUGUGUUGCAAUGGUUUUGAGAACUCUUGGCUUCGGUAAUUGUAGUAUUGGGGAACUGGAAGAGCUAUGUUGUACAAGAAGCAUUUGGACAGUUGAUCUAGCAUAUUUGUUGCAGAAAUAUUCAGCAGAUUUUUACUAUUUCACAGUCACGCUAGGAGCAAACCCAAAUUUUAAUGUGGAGUCAUUUUACAAGGAGCAAUUACCUACUGAUCUGCUACGUGUCAAUAUGUUGUUCCAAAAGGCACGUGAAGCUGGCAUCGAUGUUGAGUGCAGGUCAGUUAGUGCAGAAGAGAUCUCCCUAUUAAUAUUGUCAAGAAACUAUAUUGCAAUUGCUUUAGUUGACCAAUGCAAGUUAAGUCAUUCUUGGCUGGAGGACCUUUAUGUUUCAAGCUUUUGCAGUAACAAGCCCGGGUAUACAGGUCACUAUGUUGUCAUCUGUGGCUAUGAUUCAGGCACAGACACAUUUGAGAUCCGAGAUCCAGCAAGCUCACAGGAACACGAAAGGGUAAGUUCAAGGUGCCUAGAAGAGGCUCGCAAAGCCUUCGGAACUGAUGAGGAUUUACUACUGAUACGUCUCACUGAAGAGAACCCAAACAACCUCUGAAGUCAUUGUUAACUUCACAUCAUUGCUUAUUCAGCAUGCUAUGUGACCGGUUCAUUUGCGUCAUAUGCGAAUGAUUGCCACCUGGGCACUUAUCAUUC